AGGGCUCCGGAAGCGAGUACCCUGAGCUUGCGGGUACCGCGGAUUGCCUUGCGUACUGCUCACCUGCCAUACGAAAAGGCAGCUUUUUCCUCUAAACCCUAUCUAAAGUCCCGUUCGCCGUCAUGAGUAGCGAAUUUCUGGCGGAGCUGCAUUGGGAGGAUGGGUUCGCCAUUCCGGUGGCAAACGAGGAGAACAAGAUACUGGAAGAUCAGUUGUCAAAGCUGCAGGAUGAAAGGUCAAGCUUGCAAGAUCAGCUACGUGACUAUGAAGAUCGAAUUAAUGCUAUGACUUCUCACUUCAAGAAUGUUAAGCAAGAACUCUCAUUUACACAGGCUCUUUGCAAAGCUAGGGAGCAUGAGAUUGAAAGUGAAGAACAUUUUAAGAUCAUUGCUGAAAGAGAACUGGGACGAGUGAAGAAUGAAAUCCAACGACUAGAAAAUGAGAUGGCUUCAAUACAAGAAAAGAAAAAUGAUAAGGAAAACAACAUAUUUAAAUUUACUCAAAAAUUAGAUGGUUUGAAAUGUCAAAUGAACUGGGACCAGCAAGCAUUGGAGGCCUGGUUAGAAGAAUCAGCUCGUAAAGACAGUGAUGCCCUCACUCUUCAGAAGUAUGCGCAACAAGAUGACAAUAAAAUCAGGGUACUGACCCUGCAAUUAGAAAGACUGACUUUGGAAUGUAAUCAGAGAAGAAAGGUACUUGACAACGAACUUACAGAGACUCUAAGUGCGCAGUUAGAAUUGGAUAAAGCAGCACAAGAUUUUCGUAAGAUUCAUAAUGAAAGACAAGAGCUCAUUAAACAAUGGGAGAAUACAAUAGAACAGAUGCAGAAGAGAGAUCAAGACAUUGAUAACUGUGCCUUGACAGUAGCAAGGCUAAAGCAGGAAACAAGAGAAAAAGAAAGUUUGGUUAAGGAAAAGAUCAAGUUUUUGGAAAGUGAGAUUGGAAAUAACGCAGAGUAUGAGAAAAGAAUUUCAGUUGCUGAUCGUAAAGUUUUAAAAUGUAGAAUGGAAUAUCAGCAUCAUGAAACUAAUAGGAAUCAGCUGAAGGAUGAGCUGGACUCUUUAAAAGCCACUGUGAAUAGAAGUUCCAGUGAUUUAGAAGCUUUGAGGAAAAAUAUUUCCAAAAUAAAGAAGGAUAUUCAUGAAGAAACAACAAGGUUGCACAAAAUUAAAAAUCAUAAUCAGAUUACAAAAAAAAAAUUAAAGGAACUAACUGAGAAAACUAUGUCUGUAGAAGAGAAAGCUACCAAUUUGGAAGAUAUGCUGCGGGAGGAGGAAAAAGGUGUAAAGGAAGUGGAAGUUCAAUUGAACAUAGUGAAAGAUGUGCUAUUUAAGAAAGUUCAGGAAUUACAGACUGAGACAAUUAAAGAAAAAGCUGUUGUAUCAGAAAUUGAAGGAACCCGUUCCUCUCUAAAGCACCUCAACCAUCAGUUACAUAAACUGGAUUUUGAAACCUUGAAGCAGCAAGAAAUUAUGUACAGUCAGGAUUUUUUCAUUCAACAAAUGGAACGCCGAAUGUCACGGUUAAAGGGAGAAAUUAAUUCAGAAGAAAAACAAUCCCUUGAGGCAAAAAUUACUGAUCUUAAAAAGACAUUGGAAGAAAAAAAAUCUACAUUUGGCCUUUUGGAAACACAGAUCAAGAAGCUUCAUAAUGAUCUUUACUUUAUCAAGAAGUCAAACAGUAAAAAUUGUGGUGAAAAACAGUUCCUCAUGACCAAAAUUAAUGAAUUAAACCUUUUCAAUGACAGAUCAGAGAAAGAACUUAAGAAGGCUAAAGCUUUUAAACAGGAUUUGAUGAUAGAAGAUAAUCUUUUAAAACUUGAAGUUAAACGUACUCGAGAAAUGCUUCACAGUAAAGCAGAAGAAGUUCUUUCUCUGGAAAAAAGAAAACAGCAGUUAUACACAGCUAUGGAAGAACGAACUGAAGAAAUUAAGGUUCACAAAGCAAUGCUUGCAUCACAAAUAAAAUAUGUUGAUCAAGAACGGCAAAACGUAAGUGCUGAGUUUCAUGAGCGGCUAAGUAAAAUUGAUAAGCUGAAGAAUAGAUAUGAAAUUCUUACUGUUGUUAUGCUGCCCCCUGAAGGAGAAGAGGAGAAAACACAGGCCUAUUAUGUAAUAAAGGCUGCUCAAGAAAAAGAAGAACUUCAAAGGGAAGGUGACAGUUUGGAUGCUAAGAUCAACAAAGCUGAAAAAGAAAUAUGUGCUCUAGAAAACACCUUGCAAGUGCUGAACAGCUGCAAUAACAAUUACAAACAAUCUUUUAAAAAAGUGACUCCAUCUAGUGAUGAGUAUGAACUAAAAAUCCAACUAGAACAACAAAAAAGAGCUGCUGAUGAAAAAUACAGGUACAAGCAAAGACAAAUCAGAGAGCUGCAGGAAGAUAUCCAGAGUAUGAAAAAUACUUUAGAAGUUAUAGAACAUUUAACAAAUAACAUCAAAGAAAAAUUAUUAGAGAAGGAGGCUUACUCAUUUCAACUAAGUAGAGAAACUGAGGAGCAGAAGCCAAAAUUAGAAAGAGUAACUAAACAGUGUGCAAAACUCACCAACGAAAUCCGUCUUUUGAAAGACACAAAAGACGAAACACUAGAAGAACAAGACAUCAGACUUCGUGAAUUUAAAGAUUUUCACAAGAUCAUUGAUGGAAUGUUAGUUGAUGUCACAAAGGAAAAUGCUGAGAUCCGUAUUAUUCUUCAAACAUACUUUCAACAGAAUGGUUUAGAACUUCCUACAGCUAGUACUAAAGGCAGUCGUUGGAGUUCUAGAUCUCCUUCACAGACUUCACUAUUAUCAGCAAAGUCAUCGAAGAGUACCACAAGUACUUCUGCUUCUCAGACUUCGAUCAAAGUAUUACAGCUGACCUUCCCAGAAUCUUCUUCACUAACUGGCAGCACUUCCAGGCCAACUAGUGCUAGCAGUAGCUCCAGUAACGAUAAAAGCAAAAAGAGCAGCAAGUAA